UUUUUAUACGAAAUGAAAUAUAUACAGAAGUAAAUAAGUUGAUGUUAUUUUUUUACAGUUUGUGAUAUUAAAGUGGAUGAAUGGGACACAACAUACUAUGUUAUUUAUACAAAAGUUCUUCACAAAUAUGGCAGAUGUCUUGGGUUGUGGAAAAGAAACAUGAGGCCCUAUGGUGGAUUGAUGCAAAUUAAAGUAGACAAUGGCAGACUUUUAGCCACAGAAUACAAACCACCUUAUGUAUCAGAUGUUCACGGUCCAUUACGACCUAAAAAAGUGUUUAGUAUCAGCAUUAAUAAGUCCAAGAAUCGAACAGAGAUACUGUGUUUACAUGGAUAUGGUGAGGCACAUCCAGGGAGUAUAGAAUUUGAAACAGAAGAAUCUGAUGUUGUAUUUAAGUGUUGUCAGAUGUCAAGCCAUGCUCAUCCAAAGGGAUCCUCUGUUGAGUUAUCUAUCAUGAUUAAGAAGGAGACUAACAACCACACUAUACCAUUUACAAUAGAUGAUCAGAAAAGAUUAGAGUGCUACAUGAAGAAUGUUCCAAAGUAUAGGCUGACACGUAUAGAAGUCCAGAGACCUGACCCAGUAUACCCGAUACAGCCAGGUCUGUUCCUAGCACAUUACAGUGCUCAUGGGAUAGAAAUGUUCCUGUUGAAAUAUGAUAUGAAUAAAAAAGAAGCUGAGGUUAUCAAAAUUACAGGUGAUCCUAAUGUACCAGCAGGAGAGACCAGUAUCUACAUUAACUUACGUAAACCUAUGCAGCUCACUAAAGACCAGCAGUUAGAUGUCAAUAGCUUGUUACUUUUAGAGGAGGAGGAUAUACCUGAUUCAGAUGAUGUACAACCUAGAAACCAGCCAUUUGUGAUACCUCCAGGUUUUUCUACCUUUUUAGAUGAUUUUACACCAACGACAUGCGAGUACAGAAACAAAACACUGUUUAUUUACAGAUAUUUUGCCAGAGGACGUAUUGCAGGUGACGAUUACAGGGAUCCAGACCUUAUUUCAGUCCAUUUUGUGCCUUUUGAGGCCCAUGACGUUUUCUUUGUUUUAUGGUUCAAGUUUUGGGACAUGGAUGGUUUCUACAGAAUAAAAGAUUUCAACAUAUAAGACAAUUAAAAAUUA